AUGUCUUCAAAGAAAAAAGAUCAACCUUGUGGAGCUGAUAACAGAAAAAAGAGAAAAAUGAAAGAUGACCAAGCAAAAUCUCAAGAGAACGCUUUAUUCAGGUACUUCAAAAAACCUGCACCUUCUGAUGGAUUAGUAGAAAAUAAUGAUACAGAACAUGUGGUUCUUGGAGAUGAUGGAGUGGAUGAGAAUAUAAAUGAGUAUCAAAGAGAAGAAGCAGGUGUUGAACCAGAAGAUGUCAAUGCAGUGAAUGAAGAAGAUGAUGUGAAUAAGAAUGAACAUCAGAAGAGUGAUAAUCUGAGGGAGUCUUGUGGAUUUUUUGACAUAUAUGAUCCUGGAAAUUGGGAAAACAUCAAAAAGGGAUGGAAUGAGUGGAGGGAUUUUAUGGUUGUACAAGGUCCAUCAAAAAGACUGCCACUUGAUCAUAAUUUUCCCAAAGAUAGUCUUAAGAGACAUUUUUCACAUUUGCAUUAUACAAGAGAGAUGGGUGAUGGAACAAAACAAGAUCGACGUUGGCUAGUUUACUCUAAGUCUUUGAACAAGAUCUUUUGUUUUUGUUGUAAAUUGUUCAAUCACAGUGACAAUAGUCAAUUGGCAUCUACGGGCUUUAGUGAUUGGAGGAAUGUUAUGAGAAGGCUCAAAGAACAUGAAUCUAGUCGUGAACACAUUUUGUGUAUGAAACAGUGGGCUGAACUAGAUCUCAGGCUGCAAAAGAAUCAGAUCAUUGACAAAUAUGCUCAAUAUGAACUCAACAAAGAGAAAAUUCAUUGGAGACAAGUGUUGCUUAGGAUUAUUAUUGUGGUGAAAACGCUUGCUAAACAAAAUUUAGCGUUUCGGGGAAGCAACGAGAAAAUUGGAAAAGAAGGUUGUGGGAAUUUUUUAAGUUUUAUAGAGAUGAUUGCUGAUUUUAAUCCUGUGAUGAUUGAGCAUCUAAGAAGAUAUAAAGAGGGUGUAUCUCGUAAUCAUUAUCUCAGCAACAGAAUUCAGAAUGAGUUAAUAGCUUUGUUAGCCAAUGAGAUCAAAGGUAUGAUUGUCAAAAAAAUUCAAAGUGCAAAGUACUUCUCUGUGAUUCUUGACUGCACUCCAGAUAUUAGUCAUCAUGAACAAAUGACUGUCAUCAUUCGAUGUGUAGAUGUUUCAACAACUUCAACGAGGAUCGAAGAAUAUUUUUUAACGUUCUUAAAAGUUGAUGAUACAUAUGGUGAAAGACUUUUUCUUAAGUUUCAAGCUGUUUUGGCUGCUUUUGAUUUAAAAAUUGAUGAUGUGAGGGGACAGGGUUAUGAAAAUGGCUCUAAUAUGAAGGGAAAGCAUAAGGGAGUACAAAAAAGAUUUCUUGAUAUAAAUCCCAGGGCGUUUUAUACACCAUGUAGUUGUCACAGUUUGAAUCUUGCACUUUGUGAUAUGGCAACCAUUUCUCCAAAGGCAAUCUCAUUUUUUGGGAUUAUUCAGUGUACUUAUAACUUCUUUUCAUGUUCAGUUAAGCGGUGGAAAAUAUUUGAAGAUCACGUGGAUGGCCUUACACUUAAGGCUUUAUCACACACUCGUUGGGAGAGCCAUGUGGAAAGCGUUAAGGCAAUACGGUUUCAGGCUCCUAAAAUCAUGAAUGCGUUAGUGUAUAUUGCUGAAAAUAGUGAUGACCCGAAAGAGCAGAGUGAAGCUGAAUGUCUUGCAAUAAGUGAAACACAUGGAAUUGGAAGUUUUGAGUUCUUAGUUUCCUUGGUUAUUUGGUAUAAUCUUUUAUCUGUUGUUAACAUUGUGAGCAAAAGUUUGCAGUCAGAAGACAUGAACAUUGAUGUAGCUAUUUCUCAACUGAAGGGGCUGAAAAGCAAAGCGGGUGAUUAG